AUGUCCAAGAAGUCGGGGGCCCCCCCCGCCUGUCCAUUACUUUCCGCAGCUGCAGUGGCAGCAGCAGCAGCAGCAGCAGACGCACACGCAGAAAUGCUGCUGCUGCAGCAGGAGCCACAGCAGCAGCAGACGCAGCAGCAAGAGAAGAGACUCGAAGCAGCUGGAGCAGCAGCAGCAAAGACAGCAGCAGCAACACAAGCAAUGGCUUUGCUGCAGCAGCAACAGCUGCU